ACCUUCACGUUCAAACGUCCAACGCCUUGCUCAUAUGCAUUGUGUCCUGUUGUGAACGCAAAUACACUUCAUAUGGAUGUAGACAUAAAGGUUAUGCACACACUGUCACUCUGUCAACGAUAGUAAUAUUUGACUACACCACUUCGCCGUUAGUACUUACGCCAUAUAACAGGAUUGCAGAAAUCGAGGGGCUAGUAGCAUUAUACUUUCGUGCUACAUUCUGCGAAAAUUCAUAUGCUUCUGGCUCAAGGUGGCAGCAUAUAAGCUCUGAUCUGGACUAUCGCCGCUUGUUUCCACAAGACGACCUUACGUCAACUUCCUUCUGUGCGUUCGUUCGGUAUUUCUUUGUUUGCUGAUGGAGCACAUGUCGUUUUCAAUCAGUCCCUUGACAAACUUCUGGCAUCCAAGUCGAUGCUGGACAUAACGUCUUCCUCCACCCCCCGGAAAUACCGUCUGCUUGAUUGUGAAUUAUUUGCGAUCUCUUCAGUGCUACACGUCGUUGAAUUCUCCUUACCUGCGGACGACGACCUGUCAACAAUUGGCUAUGCGGCAAUUUCAUACGUCUGGCGAGAUCCUGACAUAAUUAACAUGGAUAGUCUUCAAUUCUCCGUCAAAGGGGCCGAGGAUGCCGACCCAAUAGCCAUAGAUGUUCUUCUGCAGGCAUGUCUGGCUUGCCGUCAUAGAGGGAUUCAAUACGUUUGGUUGGAUCGCUUGUGUAUCAUGCAGACCAGUCGUGAAGAUAAACGCUGGCAAAUCAUGCAAAUGAGUCACAUCUACAAAUCUUGCGCCCUCUGCAUCGUCUUACCAGGUGGGCUCCAGCGCUGCGUAGCAAUCGAUGAACAAACCUUAUGGAUUCACAGGGCUUGGACCUUGCAAGAGGUUCUCUUGCCGAGAGAAGUUGUAGUACUCCUCGCUUGGGGGCUUGGUAGCGGAUGGGGCGCGGCGUAUACGAUGGCGAAAGCCGAUAAGAUCGAAGAAGUCAACGAAGGGCUAGCUGCUAUAUUCCCUCUGCGCAUGGUGCUCAAUGCAUGCUCUGUGGGCUGGUUGGAGUUUCUCUCCAACAAGGAUUCCACUCCGGUGCUCAUUGAAGCUCGAGUAUUCGGGAGAAGCGACCAUCAUCUGGCCUCAGUGACUCCUCCGCAUGUAUCAGCACUUGCAUUGAAUUGGGAUUAUUAUCUGGAAGGUGACGAAGACGCAAAGCAGUAUGCUGUAUGGCAAUGUGCACUUGUUCGCACAUCGUCACGUCCUGUUGACAUGGUUUUCAGCAUCAUGGGUCUCUUUGACGUCACGCUGGAUCCGGCUGAGUUCGACGUGAACGACCGCAUCGGUGCGACCAUCGCUCUAGCUCGCAACAUUCUAGCGAAGGGCGGCAGGGCAUGUUGGAUGGGAGUGUCCUUCUGGUUAGAACCCUGCUCGCGUAUAUCCACAUUUGCUAUGUUUCCCGAAACUAGCGUGGCAGGUAGGGCGAUCGUACGAACGACGGAUGGACAGGAACAAGAGGUGUCAGAGCUCAUUUGCAGCGAAUUUCCCUCACACACGAUGAAAGAGUUUCGCCUUCCAUGUGGCUCAAUGGAUGACGAUGGAUAUCUCACAUUUCGUGCAAGGGCUAUACGUGUCACUGCCGCAGAUGAUUCAGUGGACUCUACAGAGGAUCGAAGACGUCCAUCGAGACUGUAUGCCCAAGACGGGACCACCUGGAGUACAGUCGAUGCUGUAGUUCCAGUCACUAUCAGCUCGUCACCCAGUAUAUUCGCCGUGGUUCUGGGAUGGUUCACUGUUUACGUACCUGGAGCCACGCCUGCCAUUGAUUCCAAGCCAAUCCGUUUGCUGCUUCUGGAAGAGCACGCGACUGGAAAGUAUCAUGUACGCUCAUUCUGUUUCCUUAGUGUGGAUUGCAGGCACUGGGUUCUAACAUGGAAGAUGGCCGAAUUCAGCGUUGGAGGGCCUAUUUCACUAAGCCGCAAACGUUCUGCGAUUCAGCUGCAUGACAGACAUCUCAUCAGGGAGUCUCCGGCAGUUCGUAUGCGGCAGUUACUCCCCCUUUUCCCUACAAGCUCGACGACUAUCCUUCAGGAUGUCGAGCGAAGUCGAAAAUGGGCAAUUCCACAACGGACGGUGGAAUCGUACUACCGUCAAAACCACGAUGAUGGAGUCCGAUUAGUGAAGGUCUACUUGAAAGUCGAUGAUGCUGAAGAUGUUGACAGCUCCUAUUUUUCGGUUCACUCUGAGGAAAAUCUACAAGUCAUCGCGGAUGAAGGCAAUGACAGUACGUAUUCAUCCUACGCAAUUAAACUGUCUUCUGUGAUACUGUUGAAAUUUAACCGCGACAUUUGCUCUGACAGUUAGAUAUAUCAAGGAAUUCGGCGUGGUGGUGGCAGAUUCUGGGUCUUUCACAGACAACGACCUAGCAGCAAUCCUCUCAGUAACAUCUCCAUCCGAAUUGUUCACGCAGGCUUUCGGCGCUGCUAUCUACGACAGGACUGAAUACUGUACACGUGCUGUCGUCCCUGCCGAGUACGACCCUCAAAUGCAUGAAGUCAGACCUGAACGGUACCCCCACGGCAGUGGUUCCUUAGCCGACUCAGAUCAAUCGUCGGACUCUUCAGAGAUUGACGAUCAUUACCACGAUUUGGAUCGUUUGUGAGUUAUCCGGAGAAUAAUUGAGAAAGGCACAUGAUUCUUUGUGGUACACUGCAGUACCUUCAACUACUGUGUAGCUUGAGGAGUACUGUCAUGGUACUACUUGGAGGUUACAGUCAUUUUGAAAAACAUUAUUAUCGGCAUCUACUGAAGCGAAGCAACACAGCAUGCUUGCUAUAAUGCACAUAAAUGUUGGUGUAUCAAAUGAUUCUAACCCGUCGGAACAUCAAGGCCAGCAAAGUAAACUUCGCAGCGAGCGGCUCGAGGUGAACGAGCUUUCUUUCAAAAUACGAGUAUUCACCAGACUCAUAGAAUAGGCUGAGUCCUCGAAGCCUUACCGUAUCCAUUCCUUGCCGAGAAUUCACCUGUGAUAUGACUGGCAUAGAUACCACUAUAGUUUACCAAUUCAGCUUAGCUUGUACUAUCUCUAUAGACAUGCCAGUGCCUGCUCUCACAAUCAUGGAUCCUGGAACCUAUGCCACAAUGAUUCACUGCCAU